AUGAAUCAACCCAUCCACACCCAGUAUACUUCUACCCUAAUCGCUAAACUAUCUCACAAGGUGGCAUUCAUCGGCGUCGCUAUAUCGACAGUAGCGACACUGGUCUGUGUGGUUUCUGUACCACUACUCUACAAUUAUAUGCAACAUAUGCAGUCAAUAAUGCAAAGUGAAGUGGAUUUUUGUAAAUCCCGAUCGGGUAAUAUAUGGCGGGAAAUCACUCGUACACAGGUAGGUCCCUACAGCAAAUUAAGGGUUUUUUUACCUUUCCAACUUGCUCGGAAUUUAUGCAAUGUGCUAAAUUUUUCGCUUGUGACCACAAAGGAGAGAAGCGAAGGUGUUAAACCUAGAAAACGCCCACAUGGCUUCGUUAGUAGAACACUUUUGACACAUCUUCAUAACAGUGCUACAAAGUACUAG